AUGGAGAAAACCAUCCGGACCCCGGAGGUGAGGGUCGGCCCGGGUCGGCCAAGGGGUCUUUUGCCUGGCCAGCCAGAGGCGCUGGGCUUGUGCCGCGGGGUCCAGGAAGCGCUGGGCUUGGCCGUGGGGGUCCAGGAGGAGGCCUGGGGGCGGGGGGUGCAGGAGGGCGGGCCCCAGAGAAAGCCGGGCUCGGGCGACCGGGAGGCGAGAGCGGGGCCCGAGUGGGGGUGUUUCGGGGCCGAGCAGGGAGCGGGGCCUCCUUCGUGGUGGCUCCCCGGAGCUGAGAAUCCUCAGGAAGGGAGUGAAGAGCGGCCCCUGCUGGCGGAAGGAGGCGAGGCACGGCCGAGGCUGCCGGUGGCGGGGCAAGUGGAGUGGGCCGGGGAGCGGCGGGCGGGGAGCGGGUUCGGGGUCCAAGAGGAAGCCGGGCAGAUCGGGGGGUCCGAGCGGUGUGGGGUGGAAGAAGAGCAUCCCCCGGAGGAAGAGAACGAGAAGGAGGAAGAAGAAGGAAAGUGGGGAGCCUUUAGUCUCUGGGGGGAGGAGGAGGAGAGUGGGGUGCUGCUGAUCGAGGAAGAGGAGGGCCAAGGGGUCUCCGCGGUGGGGCAGGAGCGGGGCCUGGCGCUGGGGGGCCGCCAGGAGCAGGCGGGCUUCGGGGAGAUCGGCCUGGGCGUGGCGGAGCAAGAGGUCGGCCUCUGGGCCCAGCAGCAGCCCCACGGCGAGGCCGAGGCCAGGUUCUGGGGCCGGCCACUCCCGGAGCGGGCCCUGUGGCCCCGGAGGUGGCGCUGGGGGGGACAAGAAGCGGUGCGGCAUUCGGCCCUCCAGGAAAGGGCCGGGGGUCCGGGCCGGGGGUCUCAGCAAGAGGAAGGGGGGCUGCGGCAGGCGGUGCAGGAGGGGCAGCCGCUGGAGUUGGGGGGCUUCGGGUGGGGGGUGCAGGAGGGGGGCCGGGGCCACCGGGAGGCCACGGUUGCGGCUGGAUUAAACCGGGGCAAACGGCCUUCGAGGGAGCCCAAAGAAGCAAACCCCAUCAUCCAUCGUCGUGGCUAUCUCAACCUCCCUUCGGCAUAAGGAAAAGUCCUUGUGCCUUUUGCAACCCCUUGCAGCAAGAAAUGUAGCCGUAAAGGACGUGGAUCCGAAAGAAGUGAGCCCCAAAUCUUCUUAGUUUGCCAGAUUGGAACCUUUUUGGCAAUUAGUGGACUUUUACAACUUUGCAACAAGGACUUUUGUUGUCGCGAAUGUUGAAACUUUCUGGAGAUUUGGUGCAGGUGCCUUUUGUCACUCCUCGCAGCAGGAAAUGUAGCCUCUCUGUAAAGGACGUAGAUCCGAAAGAAGUGAGCCCCAAAUCUUCUUAGUUUGCCAGAUUGGAACCUUUUUGGCAAUUAGCGGACUUUUACAACUCUGCAACAAGGACUUUUGUUGUCACGAAUGUCGAAACUUUCUGGAGAUUUGGCGCAGGUACCUUUUGUCACUCCUCGCAGCAGGAAAUGUAGCCUCUCUGUAAAGGACGUAGAUCCGAAAGAAGUGAGCCCCAAAUCUUCUUAGUUUGCCAGGUUGGAACCUUUUUGGCAAUUAGCGGACUUUUACAACUCUGCAGCAAGGACUUUUGCCGUCGCGAACUUUCUGGCGCAGGUGCCUUUUGCCACUCCUCGCAGCAGGAAAUGUAGCCUCUAAGCAAUAUGCAAGCGGUUCUUAUUACCCCCUAGCUGUCUUUCUCUCUCAGUCAUUCUCGUGUGAUCAGCUGUCAGUCCUUUUCAGAACGUUGCACCGGUCUUCAACGAUCCGUUUUCCUUGUGCGUCACACUAGUGCAGCUUCGCUUGAGGAACGUAGUUGUCUGCUUUAGCGGCGCAUCUCAGAACCUCCUAUUUCCAACUUAAAAAGAAGUUUUAAUACCUGCUCUCUGUUCUUCAAAAGCUUCACAACUGCUCCUCUGCAAGUAUCAGCGCUCCACGAUAGUGGCAUGUGGCAUAAGACAAGCUGCAGCGUUAGCCCUGUCGUGUUUCUGCUUCCGGCUGAGCUGUGCAAUUGCGUCUCUCCUUGUGUUAUGAACCCCCAUAAGUCGUGUGUGCGCUAUUGAGGCUUGUUGCAAGAACCAUCCUACCUGUUCCCACCUCUGUGUUGCUGCAGUGAGUGGCCUUUUUCCCAGUGCAAUGCGACCUUGAUGGUGCACAGCCGUGCAAAAGUGAGCGUGAAGUCUGCACGACACCGGGGAGGCCUCGCUGUUCACCGCCGGCGCUGUCUUGUGUUUUCUGCAGCUCCUUGCUUUUGAUUUUGCUGUGAUGUAGACCCUCGAAGCCUUGGGUUCUGUGGCCGGAGCUGGUGUUCCUGUAAGACAAGGCAGCGGCUGAACACUGAGUGGCGGCUGAACACUGCUAUGACUUCCCAUUGCGAGACGAGCUUCUGUGCCCUUUGAAAGCAGGAAAGAGGUUCAACAAGGACUGGCGGUGGAGCAGACCCCAUAACUUCCUGAAAGCGGAGAUUAGAAACCCAGAAGAAUGAUGCUGUAGAGCUGGAGGCUGGAAGACAAGCCAGCGGCUGAACACUGAGCAGCGGCUGAACACCGAGCAGCGGCUGAACACCGAGCAGCGGCUGAACACCGAGCAGCGGCUGAACACAGAGCAGCGGCUGAACACCGAGCAGCGGCUGAACACCGAGCAGCGGCUGAACACUGAGCAGCGGCUGAACACUGCUAUGACUUCCCAUUGCGAGACGAGCUUCUGUGCCCUUUGAAAGCAGGAAAGGGGUUCAACAAGGACUGGCGGUGGAGCAGACCCCAUAACUUCCUGACGGCGGAGAUUAGAAACCCAGAAGAAUGAUGCUGGAGAGCUGGAGGCCGGAAGACAAGGCAGCGGCUGAACACUGAGCAGCGGCUGAACACUGAGCAGCGGCUGAACACUGAGCAGCGGCUGAACACUGAGCAGCGGCUGAACACUGAGCAGCGGCUGAACACUGAGCAGCGGCUGAACACUGAGCAGCGGCUGAACACUGAGCAGCGGCUGAACACUGAGCAGCGGCUGCACUCUGAGCAGCGGCUGAACUCUGAGCAGCGGCUGAACUCUGAGCAGCGGCUGAACUCUGAGCAGCGGCUGAACACUGCUAUGACUUCCCAUUGCGAGACAAUCUUCUGUGCCCCUUGAAAGCAGGAAAGGGGUUCAAGAAGGACCACUGGAGCAAACCCCAUAACUUCCUGAGGACGGAGAUUAGAAACCUAGAAGAAUGAUGCUGGAAAUCUAGAGGCCGAAAGACAAGUCAGCGGCUGAACACUGAGCGGCAGCUGAACACUGCUAUGACUUCCCAUUGAGAGACGAGCUUCUGUGCCUCUUGAAAGCAGGAAAGGGGUGUGAGAAGGACCAGUGGAGCAGACCCCAUAACUUCUUGAGGGUCCUAUGGCUGGAGCUGGUGUUCCCGUAAGACAAGGCAGCGGCUGAACACUGAGCGGCGGCUGAACAUUGCUAUGGCUUCCCAUUGCGAGACAAGCUUCUGUGCCCCUUGAAAGCAGGAAAGGGGUUCAAGAAGGACCGGCGGAGCAGACCCCAUAACUUCCUGAAGGCAGAGAUUAGAAACCCAGAAGAAUGAUGCUGGAGAGCUGGAGGCCGGAAGACAAGGCAGCGGCUGAACAUUGAGCAGCGGCUGAACACUGCUAUGACUUUCCAUUGAGAGAUGAGCUUCUGUGCCUGUUGAAAAGCAGGAAAGGGGUUCAAGAAGGACCGGUGGAGCAGACCCCAUAACUUCCUCAAGACUGAGAUUAGAAACCCAGAA